CCCCGCAGCUCAGUGGCGGCCAGCCACCUUCCCGUCCCAGUCCGUGCUCCGUGCGUGUGCCCGCGGGGCUGCGGGAGCGCGGCUGAAGUGGUUCCGGGUCGGUGGAAGCAGCCGCCAACAUGGAGCGUUGGGGGACUGCAGCGGGGCCUCGGUGAGGCCAGGCAAGGGGGCGGCCGUCCCAGGGAUCCCGCUGCUGCUGCUGCUGCCGCCGCGCGGGCUCAGAGGCGGGGAGAAGGCUGCGCGCGCGCCCGCCCGCCCAGCCGCCGCAACCCCGGGGAGUCUGUGGCGGCACCUGAGGCGACCGCAGGAAGCAACCCGCCGCUGCCGCCGCCGCCCCACGCGGGGUGUGUGUGUGGGUCUGUGUGUGUGUCGUCGUGAGUCCCCUUGAGGAGCCCUGCGAGGCCGCCGCCGCCUCUGCGCCUCCCGUCCCGUGCCCGCUUCCAGUCCCAGGUGGGAGCUCGCCGCGGAGCAGCCAUGUCCCUGGCCGAGUACGAGAGGCACUGCGACUCCAUCAACUCCGACUUCGGCAGCGAGUCGUCGUCCAGUGCUAGGAGCGUCUCCCAGCCUGGCCCUGCCUUGGGCGGCGAGCAGGAACAGCUGCACUACGUCCCCAUCCGUGUUCUGGGCCGCGGAGCUUUUGGGGAGGCCACGUUGUACCGCCGGACUGAGGAUGACUCACUUGUUGUGUGGAAGGAAGUGGAUCUGACCAGACUGUCAGAAAAAGAACGUCGUGAUGCUUUGAAUGAGAUCGUUAUUCUUGCUCUAUUGCAGCAUGAUAACAUAAUUGCCUAUUACAAUCAUUUCAUGGAUAACACCACAUUGCUGAUUGAACUGGAAUACUGUAAUGGGGGGAACCUAUAUGACAAGAUCCUGCGGCAGAAAGACAAGUUGUUUGAGGAAGAGAUGGUGGUGUGGUACCUAUUUCAGAUUGUAUCGGCAGUGAGUUGUAUCCACAAGGAAGGAAUUCUGCACAGAGAUAUAAAGACACUGAAUAUCUUCCUCACCAAAGCAAACCUUAUAAAACUAGGUGACUAUGGCUUGGCGAAGAAGUUGAACUCUGAGUAUUCCAUGGCUGAAACUUUGGUAGGAACUCCAUAUUAUAUGUCUCCAGAACUCUGUCAGGGAGUAAAAUACAACUUCAAAUCUGACAUCUGGGCAGUUGGCUGUGUUGCCUUUGAGCUCCUUACACUAAAGAGAACCUUUGAUGCUACGAACCCCCUGAACCUCUGUGUGAAGAUUGUGCAAGGAAACAAGGCUAUGGAGGUUGAUUCCAGUGUUUAUUCUUUUGAUCUCAUCCAGGCGGUACACUCUUGCCUUGAUCAGGAUCCCGAGAAGAGACCUACUACUGAUGAGCUGCUUGAGAGUCCUCUUCUCAGCAAGCGCAGGAGGGAGAUGGAGAAGAAAGUUGCCUUGCUUAAUGGCCCAAACAAACGACCAAGAUCAAGCACUGUGAAUGAGGCUCCCAUUGCAGUGGUGACUUCCCGCACUAGUGAAGUAUAUGUAUGGGGAGGUGGGAAGUCUACCCCUCAGAAGCUAGAUGUCAUUAAAAGUGGUUGCAGUGCACAAAAGGUCUGUGCAGGAAACACCCACUUUGCAGUGGUAACAGUGGAAAAGGAGCUGUAUACAUGGGUGAACAUGCAGGGGGGCACCAAACUGCAUGGCCAACUGGGGCACGGAGACAAAGCCUCCUAUCGGCAGCCUAAGCAUGUGGAAAAACUGCAGGGCAAAGCCAUUCGCCAAGUGUCUUGUGGUGAUGACUUUACUGUCUGUUUCACAGAUGAAGGUCAGGUCUUUGCCUUUGGCUCAGACUACUAUGGCUGUAUAGGUGUUGACAAGGCUUUUGGCUCUGAGGUGUUGGAACCCCAGCAGCUGAACUUCUUCCUCAAUAACCCUGUGGAGCAAGUAUCCUGUGGAGAUAACCACGUGGCAGUGCUGACCCGAAACCGGGAAGUCUACACCUGGGGCUGUGGAGAAUAUGGCCGCCUAGGUUUGGAUUCAGAAGAGGAUCAUUCCAUCCCACAGAAGGUGGAAAUUCAGAAAGCCUCCAAUAUUGGCUCAGUCCAGUGUGGCAGUGAUGGAACCUUUCUGCUCACGCAGGCAGGCAAGGUGUUGGCUUGUGGUCUGAAUGAAUUCAACAAGCUCGGCCUGAACCAAUGUACUUCAGGGAUCAUUAAUCAUGAAACUUACCAAGAAAUUCCAUACACCACUUCCUUCACCCUGGCCAAGAAACUCUCCUUCUACAAGAUUCGCACUAUUGCUCCAGGAAAGACACACACAGCUGCCAUAGAUGAGCGUGGCCGUUUGCUUACCUUUGGUUCCAACAAGUGUGGGCAGCUGGGUGUUGGAGACUAUAAGAAGCAUAUGGGUAUUAAUCUUCUGGGAGGACCCCUUGGAGGGAAGCAGGUCAUCAGGGUUUCUUGUGGAGAUGAGUUCACUAUAGCUGCUACUGAUGAUAAUCAUAUAUUUGCCUGGGGUAAUGGUGGGAAUGGCCGUUUAGCAAUGACACCAACAGAGCGAGCUCAUACGUCUGACGUUUGUACAUCAUGGCCUCGACCCAUUUUUGGUUCCCUGCAUUAUGUCCCAGACCUAUCUUGCCGUGGCUGGCACACCAUCAUAAUUGUUGAAAAGGUGAUAAAUUCUAAAACCAUCCUUCGUUCCAGUAGCAGUGGCCUAUCCAUUGGGACUGUGGCUCAGGGCUCUACAACUGAAGGAGGAGAAGAGGAGGAAAGUGAGCGGGAAUCUGAGACUCCUGAUUCCAGCAGAGGUUUCCGGGGAACAAUGGAAGCAGAUCGUGGAAUGGGGGAUCGGAUUAGUGCAACAGAAGCAGUUGGGGAUAGCAGUGUUGUCAGCAGCUCCUGCCCUAGCUGGCUGCGCAAGGAGAUGGAAAAUGCAGAGUUCAUCCCCAUGCCUGAAAACCCCUCUCUUAGGAGCCUAGCCUCUUCAGAAUCGGACAAGGAGACUCUUCCCUACCAAGAGCUGAAGGGACUCCACAUGCUUUCACCUACACUUAUUGACAAGUGCAAGUCCAAGUCAGGAUCCUGGCAACUUUUGGAUGCACCAGAGUCCUGUAGUGGAGAGAAGACAUCUGUGGUACCAACAGCAUGUACAUGCAGUUUGCUGCAGGCGGAAGUGGAGCACCUGAAGAAUCUGAUAGAAAAGUGCAUGGAUGGCCAGAAGAAGCUGCAGCAGGAAAACACCCGUCUUAACGCCCAGCUUCAGAGUCUUUCCAGGGGGACAGAAGGAGCACAGCAGCUGGAGGUUCAUUCCAAGGCCACACAAACUAGCAAGGAAGAGAUGGAAGCAGAUCCAAAGCCUGACUUGGAUUCUGACUCCUGGUGUCUCCUGGGAACUGACUCAUGCCGCUUCGGACUCUAGUCUUUUGAAUGCACUGGAAUACAUCCAAUUUCACAGCACACUAACUGAAUGCAGAGAGCAACUUUCCUGGCUUCAGAUCUUUUAUGAACAAGGAGGUUGGGAUCUCCAAAACAGCAUCCAUGCUGUUCAGAACAGCAGCAUGGGGAGGAAGCACCUCCUUAAGCUAUGAACAUAGAGAAUUUAGAGAGAGGCAGAGCCCCAAGUUCAAGCCAGGGGCCUGCUCAGACGACAUGUCAGCAGCAAACCCUCUUUGUACACAUGAUGUCAGCCUUGAAGCCAGGUGGCUCCAAUAGCCCUUUAUUCUUUCACAGCUUCCUGAGAGCAGCAUGGAGACCCCAACAUUUGUCACUUCAUCUUCAGGCAAUUGAAUGGAGAAAAAUGUUCUUGAAACUGGCUGAACCACAGAAUUUUCAGUCAGCUGACAUGCUCUCACCUGAAAGGCAAAGGGGCAGGACCCCAAAUUGUUUGGGGGAGGGGAAGUCUAGAAAAGAUUGUGCUCUGAAUGUGGAUGAGAGCUCCCCAAACAGAGAAAUUGUGUGUCUUCUUUCAGAUACACUUCUAGCCAUAUAUCCUCCAUCCUGUAUGGAGGGCAUUUAUAGCUUUAACUUAAGGAAUGUUAGGGCAUCCAAGAACCUCUUCCAAUCUCAGCACUUCCCAUCAAGCACUGCUCAGAUACAAAAGAAUUGGCUGAUUUUCCAGCUGUCUAAAAGGGGUCUCGUGUGGAAUUUGAAAUUAGACACCAUUAUUUGCUCCAACUUGGUUUGAGUACCAGAGUUUCUCUGAUUAUGUGUCCAGUUCUCAGAGUGACCUGUUGAAAGUUUCUGGCUUUGUGCUCUCCUAUUGGUAUUUUUGUUUCCUGUCCAGUGCUUGAUAAAAUUGGAAGACAUGUGUAGGUUCAACAAAAUGCGCCCAACAAAAUUACUGGCAGCAGAUUGAUACAGCGUUUCUUAUACCAGUAUUUAACUCUGAAUUUGAUCCUCUUAAAAAGCAGAGGUUAAAUACAGGUUAUACCUGCAUUUACUCGAAAGGAACAGGACUCUGAAUUUAAGAUGUUCACCUGAUUUCCAAUAUCAAACUUGGGGGGCGGGGGGGGGACCUAGUCUUGGAUUCAGGUGAAUACAGUACUAUCAGUAUUGAGUUGUAUGUGAGGGACUUCGGAAACAAGAUUUCCCUUCUUCCUAUUACAGGAUGAAAUUGAUAUUUUUUUGCAAAAUGGUUUACCUGACUGACUUACACCUUUUAGCACUGAUGUGACUUCUGGGAGGCACAUCUGCUCCCCAAUAUGUAAUGGGAAAUUCUCACUUUUCCUUAUUUAUGAACAUUAUAGCUUCUUCUAAUUUUAUAACAAUCACUGUUUUUGAUUAGUCCCUUAAAAAAAAAAAAUCUAGUCACCCCAAAUUGUAAUCUCAGUCUCCUUUAUGCCUAUUUCUAACAUCCCUUUGUGCACACCUCUCUUCUAGAACUGUUCUCAGGCUAAGACAUUUUCUGGCAGGAGAUGGAUGCAAGAACAUUCUAUUUGGAAUAGAGCAUUUUUAAGACAUUACCUGAUUCUCUCUAAAUACUGUCUUGGAACUGAACAGUCCUUUUCUUCUGAUGAGCUCCAAGAGCAAGGAGAUGUUGGUGUGCCUUUCCUUAUUGUUAGCAGAGGGCUAGGAAGAAAGAGCCUGAAUAUAAGAUAAAUACCAAAUAUUCAGCAGAUCAUUGUGCCAUUUGGUUUUUCUUGACACCUGUAAUCUCCUAUAAGUAUUGGAGCUGGGGGUUUUGUUUUUGUGAUGAGAAUGCUGUUGUGGAAAUAAUAGGGCAGAGACUGGCCUAUUAUACAGUAGGAACUUCAAGAGAGAACACCUGAGCCUGGGCCAUGUCCGGCCAUGUCCAGAAUCUCUGAUCUGAUGGGAGAUGCUCUUCCUGCACUGCGCUACCUAUCUUUAUUUUUCAGUGCUCUACAUUGAAAAGCAAAGUGCACAGACAGUUCAUUUUGGAUCUAGCAGAAUAUUGAAUGGUGAUGAUGAUGACGACCUGUGCUCACAAACAUGUGCCUUAAAGGAUUCACGCUGUCCAACUUGUGCCUGUUACAGACCACAGCAUAUGCAACCAAAGAAGCAGUUUAAACACAAACUUUGCCCUGGGAUAGAGGGUGAAGGGCUAGUGAGCCAGGGUGCCUUUGAGCAGUUUCAGAUCCACUUCUUCUCCCCUUUCAGCAAUGCUAGCUCUAUAGGUGCCAGGCUCUUGCUAGCAUUGCUAUUUAUUUGUUAUAGUGGAACAUGACAUAUGCCUGCACUGACACUAGCUGAAGACUAGUUUGUCAUUAUCUAUUUUUGAAAGGUUCAGUGGUGGAAUGGUUUGAAGUUUUCAGUUCAAAUAAAUGUUGACACCCAU